AGGCGAUCGCAAAAGUCGGGUUUACUUUCUUUUUUUUUUUUCCCGACCUCUUUUUCUCGCUCAAACAUGGAGCUGUCACACUGGAGCAUUCUGCUGCUGGCGUGCAUCUUCCUGGAGUGGCUCUUCGUGGCUUCUGCAGAGGAAGAGGUCCUGAUGAACACAAAGACCGAAACAUCAGAUCUCAGGUGGACCAUCUACUCAAACACCAAACCCGAGUGGGAGGAGGUGAGCGGUUUGGACGAGGAGAACAACAGCGUGAGGAUCUACCAGAUCCUGCAGACCAACAGCUCCACCAGCCACUGGCUGCGCAGCGGCUUCAUCCAGCGUCGGGGAGCGUCUCAGGUUUACGUGGAGCUGCGCUUCACCAUGAUGGAGUGCUCAUCCAGGAGCACCCACCACCGCAGCUGCAAGGAGACCUUCAACCUGUACUACUACCAGGCCGACUCCAACGAGGCCACGUACACCUACCCGCCAUGGAUGGAGAACCCUUACGUCAAGGUGGACACGGUGGCUGCAGACUUUCUCCUCAGGAAGGACGGGGAGAAAAAGUUCAACGUCAAGACCCUGAGGCUCGGCCCGCUCUCCAAGAGAGGCUUCUACUUGGCUUUCCAGGCUCAGGGCGCCUCCAUGGCCCUGCUGUCCGUCCGGGUGUUCUUUAAGAAGUGUCCUCCGCUGGUCAGCGCACUUUCCUCCUUCCCCGAGACGGUUCCUCGCACUCUGGUGCAGGAGUCCCAGGGUGUGUGCGUGGCGAACGCUGAGCAGCAGGGGCCCCGACCUCGGCCGCCUAAGCUCUUCUGCGGGGAAGACGGCCAGUGGGUGGGCCAGCCGACAACGUCCUGCGCCUGCAAACCGGGAUUCGAACACGCUGAAGGAAACACAAGAUGCACAGCCUGUCCUAUAGGUCAGUUCAAGCCAGGCGCAGAGGGACAGUGCACAGGCUGUCCGGGAUUCAGCCACGCCACCACCAGGGGUUCGUCUGUGUGCGCGUGUCGUUCUGGAUACCUGCGGUCGGAGACAGACGCCCUUGAUGCUCCAUGCACUAGACCUCCAUCGGCACCGCGUAGCAUCGUCACUCAGAUCAACGACACCACGCUCAGUCUGGAGUGGAACGAGCCUCUGGAUAACGGCGGCAGAUCAGACCUCACCUAUGCGGUCAGGUGCUCUGUGUGCCGGUCACCAAAGGGGCCGUGCCUCCCCUGCGGAGACAGCGUUAGCUACCGGCCCGCGCAGCAAGGCCUUCUCAGUCGCAGGCUGGAGGUGUGGGGCCUGCUGCCUCACACCACAUACUCCUUCACAAUCCAGACACUCAACGGGGUCUCUCAGCUCAGCGGCAGAGACCCUGCCAGUGAAAGUGUCAACAUCACCACGAGCCAUGACGUGCCGUCACUGGUGUCUGUGAUUCGGAAGAGUGACUCCACAGAGAGCAGUCUGACUCUGCACUGGUCGGUCCCAGCUGAGCCGCACUACACCAUCCUGCAGUACCAGAUCCGCUACUGUGAGAAGGAGCGACGAGGCGAGGACCAGUGCCACUACUCGGAGAGCAACAGAAAUCAGGCCGUGCUAACCGACCUUCGCAGGGCCAGUCAGUACGAGGUGCAAGUCAGGGUGCGCACCAUGGCCGGAUACGGCAGCUUCAGUCCUAAAGCUGUCUUCCGCACACUUCCUGAUGGACAAGACGCUGCCUCCCAGUUCUUGGUACCCGGCAUCCUUAUCGCUGUUGGGAUGCUGCUGCUUGUCACUUUCGUCUUUGUGGCCGCCUACUGCAUACGCAGACACAGCCGACUAAAGGAUCCAGAACUGAGCGACAAAAAUAACCAGUACCUCAUCGGCCAAGGGGUCAAGGUCUAUAUCGACCCCUUCACCUAUGAGGACCCAAAUGAAGCGGUGCGAGAAUUUGCAAAGGAAAUUGACGUUUCCCUUGUCAAGAUUGAGGAGGUCAUCGGUGCUGGGGAGUUCGGGGAGGUAUGUCGAGGACGGCUGAGGGUCCCAGGAAAAAAAGAAAACUACGUAGCAAUUAAGACGCUGAAAGGAGGCUACACCGACAAACAAAGACGUGACUUUCUGUCCGAAGCCUCCAUCAUGGGCCAGUUUCAGCACCCAAACAUCAUCCACCUGGAGGGGAUCAUUACCGCCAGCUGUCCAGUCAUGAUCCUCACUGAGUUCAUGGAGAACGGAGCUCUGGACUCUUUUCUGCGGCUGAACGACAGCCAGUUCACGCCCAUCCAGCUGGUGGGAAUGCUGCGCGGCAUCGCCUCGGGCAUGAAGUACCUGGCAGAGAUGAGCUACGUCCACCGAGACCUGGCCGCCCGCAACAUCCUGAUCAACAGCAACCUGGUGUGCAAGGUGUCUGACUUCGGCUUGUCGCGCUUCCUGCAGGAGAACUCCUCUGACCCGACGUACACCAGCUCUCUGGGAGGUAAGAUCCCAAUACGCUGGACAGCACCAGAGGCGAUAGCGUUCAGAAAGUUUACCUCGGCCUCAGAUGUGUGGAGCUAUGGCAUCGUCAUGUGGGAGGUCAUGUCUUUUGGAGAGCGGCCGUACUGGGACAUGAGCAACCAGGAUGUAAUCAAUGCCAUAGAGCAGGACUACAGGCUGCCCCCACCCCCUGACUGCCCCACCCACCUCCACCAGUUAAUGCUGGACUGCUGGCAGAAGGACCGCUCGGCCCGGCCUCGCUUCGCGGACCUGGUCAGUGCCCUGGACAAGCUGAUCCGCAACCCUGCAUCUCUGAAAAUAGUGGCUCAAGAAGCAGGAGGGCCGUCCUACCCCCUGCUGGACCAGCGUGCACCUUUAGCCCUCUCAUCGUGUGCUUCAGUGGGGGAAUGGCUCAGGGCCAUCAAGAUGGAGCGCUAUGAAGACAGCUUUCUGCAGGCGGGCUUCAACUCAGUGGACCAGCUGGCUCAGAUCACCACACAGGAUCUGCUUCACAUGGGCGUGACUUUGGCCGGACAUCAGAGGAAAAUUCUCUCCAGCAUCCAGACAAUGACCUUUCGAAACAAGAGCACUACAACUACUGUGACCUUCUAGCUAACCUGGACAUGGCCACCAACAAACAGGAGCAGCCAUGUAAUGAGAGCACUCUAGGUUCUCUCCCUUUACCCAUGGACUCCAAGAGAGACUGGCAGAAAUUAUAAAUCACCAAACAAAAAAAAAAAAAAGAAAACAAUGAAUACAGAGACAUUUCCAAUCAGGAUGAGUGAGUCCUCAGGCGAGUCUCUGUCGCCAACAGUGACCAUGGGGAGAAAGUGACGUAAAGAAAAAGGACAGAUUUUCACAGUUUGUGGUCAAUGUUUUCAUAUCUUCCAUGAGGGUAAAACCGUAUUAUUGCGGUAAACCAAGAGGACUCAGCGUUUACAACAUUUCUUUAGUACCAUGUCAUUUUACUGGCUGUUGACUAGUUGUUGUACCAAUAAAAAAAAAAUCACUCAGACAAAGGAAAGAAGAAAUGCCAGUGCCAAUCCAAGGAUUUCAGUGUUCACAUUGUAAUCAUGAAUGAAAACUACUUUCACCCUGGGUGUCUUGCAUUACAUUCCAUCUGGAUUAUGUUACUCAAAGACACCUGCACAUCAAGAGUGAUUAUGUUAACUGUUGGAAUUCACUUCUUUACCAUUUGAAUUCAACACGACCUCCUCUUUACUCAGGUGUGAUGUGUGAUGCAGACUUUGGAGAGUGUUGCUCCUCAGCAUAAACGGACUUCCCCAGUUUUGGCUCUCAACUUCCAGCUCUGCACACAGUAUAUGAAGAGAAGAGACACUGAAACAUAUCAGCACUUUUGUCAUUUCAAAGUGAAUUGUAAACUUUAGUAACUCCAUGUGUUUUUUUCGUGGAGUAACGUUGGUUAUUUCUACUGCCUGUGUGUCUGCUGGCAGCUCAGUUUCAUUAAAGUCAGACUGAACCAAGGACCAAGUGGACUCAGAGACCCGAGAACACUGUAGAAUUGGUUUUCUUUGUACACAUUUCCUAAAGAUGUUAUCUAGCCUCAGACUUGUCUGUCUUGAUAUAACUGAUACAUUUUUAAUUCUUAUUCUGUAUUCUCCAUCUACCAGUGCCAUUCAGAUCUUUGUGUACUUAAAUGCCAUUUUUAUAAAGCAGAAAUAUUUUACAAGUGAUUUUGUCUGAUGAUUUUCAUGAACCUUAAAGGCCUACUUUGACAUUUUGAAGAUGAGUUUGUCUUUUCCAAUCAACAGAUACUGUUUUAAAGUUUCCUGCAUUUGCCCCCAAAGCUUAUACGUGACCCCCCCCUCCUAGCUUAGCUUAUAGUCUACCAAGCAGCCAGCAGUAGCCUGUCCAUUGUUUUCUGAAUGGAAUAAGAGAGGGAACUGCUGUUAAGCUAGCACAUCACCUCCUUCACAUUUUAAAGAUAAAAACAUAUUUUCAGUUUCUUCGUCUGCAAAACGGCUUUGUUUUCCCCGUAUAUGUGCACACAUUUUUUUAAGCACAACAUAAAGUUUAAGAUGAGUUUACAGCCGUAGUAUCCAUUGGUUUUAUGGCUAAAUGCUGUUUGAUUAGCAAUGAGCCAUUGCUUACUUCUCAUUGGUGUGUUAUUAAUGAUGGGUGUGGCUGAAGCAAUCCCCCUCUCCCCCAGUCCAUUGAAACCCGUGGCCCUAUCUCUUGGCAUGGAAAUCAAACACGGCUAACAAGCUAGCUUGUAGCCAGUUGUUCAGUAGAGCAGCUACCUCCUCUCUGUUUUUAGACUCGGCUUUCUUGUUUUUGUUUGAGCAUAUGCUGGGUGUAUUGUCCGUAAAAUGCUUUGUUUUAGCGGAAAUAAUACACAAAGUGUCCCAAUUAACAUUCAGCAUCAAUAUUCAGCUCACAUCUAGUGAGUCAGCAAGUAUCCAAUGGUUUCAGAAGGGAACGCUAACCUCAAUUUCUCUGAGGUUAGACCUGCAGAGUAGCCUCUCUUCAGCUUAAGUUAACCAUUUCCCUUAGUCUGUGUUGAGUUAGCAAGUAUUUAUACUGAAGUGCCAAAGCCGCACAAAAUGUUAAAUCAUGGAAAACAACAUAAAGCUACAAGCUAAAGGUUGAAUCCGUUUGUUUUAAUUGCUAAAUACUGCUGUUUGAUUAGCAGUGAGCCCUCCCUUACUUUUCACACUGGGUGUUAUUUCCUUUCAUCAGACAGGCCUACUGGUUGUUUAUGUAUUUGCUCUGAACAAACAUUUAAAUAUGUCCUUAUCCCUUAGGGAAAUCAAUACACCGCUAACAGGCUAGCUCAUAGCCAGUAUUUUAGUAGAGCAGCCUCUCUUCAGGCUCAAUGUCUUGUUUUAUUUCAUCAUGUGCUGGGUGUAUUAAUGUUGCUAGCUUGGAGCCAGUAGCUAGUAUCCAUUGGUUUCAGAGUGGAAUGCAAUAAUACUUUUUGGCUGCUUUUUAAUUAGCUGCGCAGCCCCCUUCAUUUUAAUUUAGUAAGCUGUUUUCUGUCUUCACUGGAGGAGUCAGCAAAGUUCUCCUUUGUGCUGAAGCUACACAGUUUGUUUUUAAACAUUCAGCCUGGGUAACAAUACACGUCCACUAGCUAUUAGGCUAGCUUUUAGUUGGUUGUAUCCACAGGUUUCAGGGUGGAAUGCUCAUAUUAGCACUGAGAUGAUGUUUGAUUAGCUGACUACCCCCCCCCCCCCCCCCCCCACACACACACACACACACACACACACACACACAUAUUAGGCCUACAAGUGCUUGUUGAAGUUGAAGAGGAAUAACAGACUUUUGUUCAAAAUGUCAAAGUGUUUCUCAAAGACCUUGCAUCUCUUCGAGGAUAAUACCAGCCUUUUUGACAUGUAGGUCAUGUUUAAUUUUACCCCUGUAGCUCACAUACCUGCAGUGAAUUUAGAAAAUGAAGCUAAAACAUCUAAAAGACACUCAAACUAUGUUGAAUACAAAAUGCACAUUUUCUAAAUGUUUUUUUUUUUUACCAUUCUGCGCUUGUAUUAUAAAAAACUUCUUCAUGCUUGUUUUUCUACGGUUUUAAGAGGUUUGAAGUGCAAAGCCACACAAUUUCGAAUGUGGUGUGAUGAUUUACAUAACUUCAAGUGAGCUUGAUGCUCACCAACAGAGGUUGUGUAUUCAGUCGAAAAAAAGACCAAAUGAACCAAGCAUCUGUGAUACCGGAUAAUCAUCCAUUCUCUAUCUUUUAAAAUGCAAAUUUAAAAGCAAAACGGCUUGUAUUGUCCCGCAAGAGUCUGAGAGAUUCCUUGAAGGAUUAUGGGAAAUGUGGUCUUCAUAUUGAAGAUCUGACUAAAACAAGUUUGAAAUUAUGAAUAGAUAAAGUAAGUUUUGAUUACUGUCCUGUGUGUAGGCUAAUCUGUAUUCAGUAUUCAUAAUAAAGAUGCACACCAGUGUUUACCAUGAA